UUAUGGGUAGAUACGUGGUGCAGAAUGAUUCUGGACAAGCUGUGUUCCAUGUGCAAGAAGAAGGGGGCGGAGGCAGCCAGCCAUCGUCAGACCGGAGGAUGCGUAGCUUCGUCUUGUAUGUCACAGACGACACUGGACGAGUCAUCAUCAUGUUGAGAAAACCAGAGCCAGAGGCCUGUAGCUGCCAGUGCAGACCACUUUUGGUGGAAGUCCUGUAUCCCCCCGGAAUACCUAUAGGGUACGUACACGACAACUCCAUCACUUCCAGAGGGGUAAUCAUCCAGAAUGACAGACAACAAUCGGUGUUGAAGAUAGCAGAAACAUGUUGCAUCCAAUGUUGUGGAGAAAUCAAUCUCCAGAUCACCUCAUUGGAUGGAAAUGUCCUUGGGAACGUCACUAAAACUGCAGGCAAACUAGAAUACAAUAUACAGUUUCCAGUUGAUGCGGAUGUCAAGGUGAAGGCUACAAUACUAGGGGCCUGUGUUAUAAUGGACAUCCUAUUUUAUGAAGAGAUUACGAAACACAUGGUUGCUGUGUGUGUCAUGACUUUGGUUUCAGUUCUUGUUAAUGGAAUUUGCUCUGCAAUUUUUUCAAGUGUGUAAAGCUAUUCAGUUCUCCUCUU